AUGGCGGACGAGGGUUUCGAUGUACCCACCGACGCCUUCGUGGAAAUCUUGCUCCGCCUCCCGACGAGCGCCCGGCGGCGGUUCCGCCUCGUCUGCAAGCGGUGGCGCGACGUCAUCGACGAGCGCACGCCGGAGCGGCAGGUCCGGACCAAGACCCUCGCCUUCAUCGGCCCAUGGCGGAGCCCACGCGCCCUCGUCUUCGACGACACGGACGGGCGCCGCAGCCACGAGUGGGCCUACCCGAGCGCCCACGAAGUAGUCUCUAUGGUCGGCACCUGCAACGGCCUGAUCUGUUUGCUCGACGCCGGCGAGGGUGGCCGCUCUGCCCUCAGGCUCACGGUGGCCAACCCGGUCACCGGCGAGGCGCUGGCGCUCCCGCCACUCCCCGCGGCGUGGGGGCUCCCGGGGCUCCACGCCUUCGGGUACCACCCCACGACGGGGCGGUACAAGGUCGUGCACGUCUCGAGCCGCCUCUACCACCACGACGGGGCGGGAGGUGCAACCUCUUCUGCGGCAUCGUCGCCGUCGACGGGUCCGUGUACUGGUUCACCUCGUGCGCCGACCGGGUGA